UCUCCACCUUCCCUUUCCUCAACUGCGCUCUCCGCAAUUUCGCCAUCAUACUCACUCAGCCCAUGCUACACAGGUCUAUCUCCUGUUGCCUGCGGCUCGCCUGAUAUCUCAUUCCGCCAUGAAUGCUCAUAGACCGGGAGCUGACAUCCUCUCGAGCCGCCCAAUUCAUCCUUACGCAAGCCAAAGCAGCCACGAUGAGACACCAUUAACGGCCUGGCGGAACCACCAAGAAUUAGCAUACACGAUCAUCGCCCUUUUCUGUACUUACAUACUUCUCGACCAUUUUGGCCUCGUUCCGGUCUCGCUUAUACAGUUGCUCUGGAACGGUUUUGUCUAUCUUACUCCGUCCUGGGUCCUCGUUGCAUUGGAUUCCCGCAUGUCACCGUCCGACUCCUCCCCCUCGAGCCCCUCGGGAUUAUCCUUCCACGCAAAGAGCGAGUCUAUGCAACGGAUAUUAGGCCUGGAUAACAACUCUUUCCCUUUCUUCCCGCGACCGCGAUCCCUGUCCGGAAUUGGCAGCGCUCUCCUGGGUAACAACAAAGACGCCAUCCCUUCAGGUCUCGGUAACUGGGAUAACUCCUGCUACCAAAACAGUAUAAUCCAGGGUCUGGCAUCGCUUAAGUCACUCUCUGCAUUCUUGGGGCGCAACGUCCAUCUUCUGGGAGAGAAGAGCUCGGUCUCGACACACCAGGCGCUAAAAGACAUCAUCGACCUCUUGAACAGUGCAUCGAAUCAUGGACAUAAGCUUUGGAUUCCUUCGGGCCUGAAAUCGAUGAGUAGCUGGCAACAGCAAGAUGCGCAGGAAUACUUCUCCAAGCUGGUGGAUCAGAUCGACAUCGAAAUUCAACGAGCGUCGCGAGGGAAUACGAGGAACAUGGGCUUGAAAAUGGCCGGGCCGGAAGAGAAUAUUCUGAAAGAAGUUUGCGUGGAUACCACGGCAGUCGAUGAGAACGUGCUAUCAACGAUCGAGAAGGCAGCUUUUCGCAACCCGCUCGAGGGCUUGCUUGCUCAGCGGGUCGGGUGCAUGAAGUGUGGAUGGACAGAGGGGCUGUCGCUCAUCCCAUUUAACUGCCUUACUGUUCCUCUCGGACCUAGAUAUGAGUACGACAUUCACGAAUGUCUGGACCAGUAUAUGACACUAGAGCCCAUUGAGGGCGUGGAAUGUGCUAAAUGUACUCUGCUCCGAGCACGAGACCAACUGAAAAGCCUUCUUGGGAGCAUGUCUGAAGAAGACGAAGCCGACAGCCUACAGUCGCCCGGCCUUUCCGAUGCUGUGAAGACAUCCGCUCAAACACGUCUAGAGGCCGUACAACAUGCUCUUGAGGAGGACGAUUUCGCCGAGAAGACGCUGGCAAAUAAUUGCCACAUACCCUCUAAGAACCGAAUGACUACUACCAAGUCUCGCCAGGCUGUAAUCGCUCGGGCACCCCAAUGCCUCAUCAUUCACAUCAAUCGCAGUCUGUUCGAUGAGGUGACGGGGAUGUUGAAGAAAAACUAUGCAGCCGUCAAAUUUCCUAAGAACCUUGAUUUGAAUGACUGGUGUCUUGGUACCCUGCCGACUAGUGAGUCCGAAGGUACCCCCGAACGCUGGGUUACCGACCCUUCGGAAUCGAUGCUCCCACGACCUGGCGAAGCAAUCCGCAUGCCCAGCCGUCAAUAUGAACUCCGUGCCGUCAUUACACAUUAUGGCCGCCACGAGAACGGUCAUUAUAUCUGUUAUCGUAAAUACCCAACCUCCGUCUUUCCUGCACCGGUCCCUGACGAGGUCCUGCAGGCGGAGGGAGACAAGGAGAAGCCAGAGCGCUGGUAUCGACUCAGUGACGAUGACGUGCAGAUGGUCAGCGAAGGCCAUGUCAUGUCCCAGGGUGGUGCGUUUAUGCUCUUUUAUGAGGCAGUCGAUACUCAUACUUCGGCACCCUUGGAUGGAACUGCGAAACCGGAAUCAGUCCGUUCCGAGCUCUCCGAGUCGGUGUCAAACUUCACCGUCUCUGAGAACAUGUCAACUACGUCCACGGUAACAGACGCCGGUUCCACCACGUCUCGUGCAACAAGUGUCUCAACUCCUGAUCGGACCGCACUACCUGCGGAAGGUCUCUGCUCUGAAUCCAUGGUUUCCAAGUCUUUCAAUGAGGUGAACAACGACACCCACAUCUCCACCGAAGAGCUUGGCUCCCCGUCGGCCAUUACUGCCUGAUAUCUACUUUGAUGACCGACUUUGUACUUUGUUCUGCAUUAUCAUGAUACCCGAAACACAUUCCAUUGGAGGCGUUAGUCAAGGAUUUUUGUAUUCGGAAUGGACGUUUUUUCCUAAUGAUGUACUUUUAUGGUAUACCACGCGAUAUGUUUCAAACGCAAUAAAGCGCAACCAGUUUUUGAAUGAACUUGAUGAUGCUCGUACAUUAAUCAAUCAUUAGUCAUUAGAUAGAGAAAAAGU